AUGCUUACGACAACAUAUAAACACGAUUUUAUACAACCUAAAAACAAACGCUACGAUUUUGUGAAAGAAAACGUUAACAAAUCCCAAGUCAAUUCAGAAUGCAACUGUGAAAAUAUAACUUCCGUCGAUAAGGAACAAAGUAUAAAUGACAGUCAUGGAACAGUUGAAUGGACAGGGAUUGCUCCAAUGGGUCGCUUGAUUGAUCCUCGCAUUAUACCCACAAAAAUCUCACCCGAUCAAGCUGAUGCAAUAGCCAACGCUCGAGAAAACGAUUGUAAUAAAAUUCAACCAAAUCGUUUUUUGAAAAUAUUGCGUACUGUAUAUCCGGAUCUUUAUGAAAGAUUACAACAAAUGCCUCAAGAUGAACUUAAUAGGCGCAUGGAACAACAGCGCAUGUACACUACAUAUCAAAUCGAUUUUUGCAAUGUAAAUGAAUAUCCAGAGGGCAUAUAUAAAUCGCUAAAGGAGGAGGAUGAAACAAGCAAACUAAAUGCCAGCAAGUUGUUGAAGAAAGACGAACCUUGCAAUGAAUUCAGGAGAAAUGUAAUGGAGGAAUUGAACAAACAAGGUGGCAAUUUUGAUCCAUGUAUAAAGGCAUAUAAACCGUUUAAAAUUUCAUUUGCCGAUUCUAAUCGUUUCAUUAAUUCUGGUAACAACUCCCACUGGCGAAGUGGAGAAGUUUUUAAGAAAAAUGCAAAUUUUACCGAAUACAUGGAUACCAUCAAUAAAAUCGGAUGUGUUAUUAUGAAAAAUAAUUUACACGAUCAUCGCAAAUGCAGUGGCAAACAUUGCCGACAUCAACUUGUUCACACUUGUACACAAAAUAUGUAA